CACAAUGUAGUGUAGACUUCUCAGCUUAGGAAAAUUAAUUUGUUGUUCCAGAUGUUAAGAUGAACACCGAAAAACCGAUGGAGCUCCUGGUGACGGAGCUGAAUGUGCUGCUGAAGCUGCUGGAUCGCGAGAGUUUGAGCUCUGCCACAGAAGAGAAGAAGACAGCCGUGAGAAACCUUCUGAAGCAGCUCCAGCCUUCAGUGACCUCGACAGAGUACUUAUAUGUGAAUGCCUCGGUGUAUAGAAAUGGCACUAGCUUUGUGGAAUCCCUGUUUGAAAAAUUUGACUGUGAUUUGGGCGAACUUAAAGUUGAAGCAGAAGAAGAAAAGAAAGACCACACGGACCAAACACCUCCUUCCAAACCAAGCACGACAGACUCACCACCGCCCUUGCCCAACACGCCCCCUCCCGAGGAUUACUACGAAGAGGCUGUGCCACUCAGCCCUGGCAAGAUGCCCGAGUAUAUCACCAGCCGCAGCAGCUCUAGCCCUCCUAACUCCAUUGAAGAUGGGUAUUAUGAAGAUGCAGAUAAUAACUAUCCAACCACAUGCAUGAAUGGAAGACGCAAAAACUCCUACAACGAUUCGGACGCUCUGAGCAGUUCGUACGAGUCGUACGAUGAAGAGGAGGAGGAGAAAGGCCCCAGGCUGACUCACCAGUGGCCCUCCGAGGAAAACUCCAUGGCCCCGGUGAGGGACUGCCGCAUCUGCGCCUUCCUCCUGCGGAAAAAACGUUUCGGCCAGUGGGCCAAACAGCUCACCGUCAUCCGAGAGAACAGACUGCAGUGCUACAAAAGCUCCAAAGACCAGUCCCCCUACAUGGACCUGCCACUCAACCUGUGUAACGUCAUCUACGUGCCCAAAGACGGGCGGAGGAAAAAACACGAGCUGCGCUUCUCUCUGCCUGGGGGAGAGACCCUGGUUUUGGCCGUGCAGAGCAAGGAGCAAGCGGAGAAAUGGCUGGGGGUGGUCCGCGAGGUCAGUGGACAAGGAAACGGAUUGGAUGGUUCCACUUCUCCUACAGUCCUCAGAAAGACAGAACUGGACAGGAGGCUGUCUGCUGAAAAACAUGCUUCCGACUCAGACAACAUCGCUGUCGGAGACGGUCGAGACAACGGUAAGGCCAAGCGGGGAGCACUGUCAGAGCUGACGGGUACAGUUAGUAGAGCGGCAGGUCGUAAGAUCACCAGAAUCAUCAGCUUCUCAAAGAGGAAACCCCCCCUCCCCGGAGACGCCCGCACCCCCUCCCCUGACGAAGACCCUCGUUCCGGUUAUAUCAGUGUUCUAGUAAAUCAGUGUUGGAAGGAACAGUGGUGCCGCGUGCGUGGCGGUUUUCUUUACCUCCACCAGGAGCGAGGUGAACAGCGUGUACCUUACACCUCUGUAGCCCUUCACGGCUGUGAGGUUGUCCCGGGACUCGGGCCCAAGCAUCCAUUCGCCCUCCGGAUCCUGAAAGGUGGCAACGAGGUGGCAGCCCUAGAGGCGAGUUGCUCGGAGGAGAUGGGUCGUUGGCUCGGAGUUCUCCUGGCAGAGAUGGGUUCCUCUGCUGACCCGGAAUCCCUGCACUAUGACUACGUCGACGUGGAAACUAUUGCCAACAUCCGCACAGCUGCACGACACUCUUUCCUUUGGGCCACUUCCACAGACUCAAGGACAUAUGAUGAGGUUCCCUUUGAGGGUCCAGAGCAGGACGACGGGAGGCAGAACGGCGGGCCUCAAAUCAAACGUCGCUCGUCUUUCUCCAGCAGCGACACACGGAAAACAAACCCCCAGGUCACGCUCAAGUGCCACGGCUCCAACGCAAAUCAGUAUGCGAAGUAUGGGAAAACGCGUGCGGAGGAAGACGCCAGACGCUAUCUGCAAGAGAAAGAGGAACUGGAGAACGAAAGAGAUGGCAUAAGGAAGGCGCUAGUCGCGCUACGCAAGGAGAAAAGAGAGGCCAAAGAAAAGAUGAAGAAUGCAACAGAUAAACAGAGGCUGGCCCUGGAGGAAAAGGUGUCCAAGCUGGAAGAGAGCUGUCGAAUCAGAGAAGGAGAACGGGUGGACCUGGAGCUGCGGCUGAGCCAGGUCAAGGAGAACCUGAAGAAAUCUUUGGCAGGAGGGGCAUUGGGGGCACCCGUGGAGAGCAAGCCGGUAAACAAGAAAAGUGAGACGACUUACAGUGAGUCCGUCCUACCAGUUAACUGUGCCUCAGAAAUGCGAAGACGGCCCCCGUCUAUCUAUGCCUCCGCCAAGGGAAAUGUCAUGCAGAAAGCCAAGGAAUGGGAGUCUAAGAGGGGGACUUAAGGAAAGUGCUUAUUUGAGAAUUGUGUUGUGUGAGAACCUGAGGCCAAAACCGAUUCAAACACAUACUACCGUACACUACAUUUACAGAGUCAUUUUAACAGAUGUAGAGGACUCCUUUAUCACACACUGCGUCAGAGAGGCACCAUAAGUCUAAGUUGUAGUUUUGUGAGUUAGUUUAACAGUACUCAGAACACAACCGGCGUAGACAUUCUGAGAGGUUCCAGAAGGUACGUUGACGUAACACAGAAGGGAAAGGAAAGUCGUUUUUGAUGGAUGGGCGUGAAAUGGUAUCGCAGACGAACAGAGGGAAAAGGACAGUAAGUUGUAUUGAGAGGUAGCA